UCGUCAUGGCGGCGGCCGUCUGCAGCCCGGACACCGGGGAGGCCGUGUACCGCUCCCGGGACCCCGUGUGCAACUUGCGCCUCCGCGUCCACCUGCAAAGGAUCACAUCGAGCAACUUCCUGCAUUGCCAGCCGGCCGCCCAGCCCGGGAAGGACCUCAUCGACUUGGCCACGUUUAGGCCUCAGCCAACUGCCAGUGGACACCGCCCAGAUGAAGAUGAAGAGGAGGAGAUUGUCAUCGGGUGGCAGGAGAAGCUCUUUAGCCAGUUUGAGGUCGACCUGUAUCAGAAUGAAGAAACCUGUCAGAGCCCUUUGGAUCAUCAGUACCGUGCAGAGAUCCUGAAGCUGGAAGAUUCGGGGGGCAGGAAGAACCGGCGAAUCUUCACCUAUACCGACUCUGAUCGAUACACCAACCUGGAAGAGCACUGUCAGAAAAUGACCACUGCCACCAGCGAGGUGCCAUCAUUCUUGGUGGAACGCAUGGCCAAUGUCCGCCGGCGGCGGCAGGACCGGCGAGGGACGGAGGGCAGCAUCCUCAAAUCCCGCAUCGUCACCUGGGACCCAUCCGAGGAGUUCAUCAGAAACAGCCAUGCCAUCAGCAGCCCUCUCCAGACGAUGUACAUCAUGGCAGACCUGGGGCCCUAUGGGAAACUGGGCUUUAAGAAGUACGAACAGGUCCUGUGUACUUUGAAGGUGGACAGUAAUGGCGUGAUCACAGUAAAGCCCGACUUCACCGGCCUCAAAGGACCCUACAGAAUCGAGAGGGACGGGGAGAAGCAGGAGCUGUGGAAGUACACGAUCGACGACGUGUCCUCGCUCGCACAGCCGGAGGAGGCGGCGCGGGAACAGCGUGUGCUCAAGGACCUCUACAGCCGGCACAAGGAGUACCUGAGCAGCCUCGUGGGCACUGACUUUGAGACGACUGCCCCAGGGGUGCUCCGGCUCUUUGUGAAUGGAGAGGUCGUCUCAGCCCAAGGUUAUGAGUAUGACAAUCUCUACGUCCACUUCUUUGUGGAUCUGCCAGCUAACUGGUCGAGCCCAGCAUCCCAGCAGCUUUCAGGAAUAACACAGACCUGUGCGACCAAGUCCCUGGGAAUGGACAAGGUGGCGUGUUUCUCCUACCCGUUCACGUUCGAGGCCUCCUUCCUCCACGAGGACACGAGUGCUGAGGCUCUCCCGGAGUGGCCUGCGCUCUACUGCGAGGUCCUCUCACUGGACUUCUGGAAGAGGUAUCGGGUGGAAGGCUAUGGGGCCCUGAUGCUGCCUGCCACCCCAGGCUCCCACACCCUGACAGUGUCCACGUGGAGACCCAUGGAGCUGGGGACGAGGGCUGAGAUGAGGAGGUUUUUCCUCGGUGGCUCUCUGGAGCUGGAGGACCUCGCCUACGUGCGGAUACCAGGAACCUUUCAGGGUGAGCGCCUGAGCCGCUUCGGCUUCCGCACAGAGACCACCGGCAGCGUCACCUUCCGCCUCCACUGUCUACAGCAGUCCAGGGCCUUCAUGGAGGCGAGCUCCCUCCGGAGAAGGGUGCGGAGUGUGCUGGACCGCCUAGAGGGGUUCAGCCAGCAGAGCUCCAUCCACAGUGUGCUGGAGGCCUUCUACCGGGCCCGGCGCCGCAUGCAGGAGGCCCGAGAGACCCUUCCCCAGGACCUAGCGAGCCCCUCGGGAACCACGGGCUCCUAGCUCCCGGGCCAAGAGGACAAGACUGGCGAGCUCCCAGGCCAGCGCUCCUUGGACUUUCCGUCCGCCCUCCUGGAGCCCAUUCUUACUUGCUGAGAACCCCAAGAACUGGCACAUCCCCAGGCCAGCACCUGCAUGGCGCCCUUUUCGGGUAGCCAGUUGCUACUGUGCGGGCUUGUUGAGCUUGAGUCCCAGCUCGCUCCUGGAGGCACUGAGGCCUGAAGGCAGUGCCCCCAGCUCGUUCUGCCAGCAGGGGGGUAUUUUUAUUGAAUUUUGUUGUACUUAAAAAAAAAUCAUUAAGGAAAAAAAUAGUGACUGCUGUUCUGCCGACUGCGUCUCAGGUUGCUAGCAAGGCCGAGGUGUGGUCCUUAAUGUCGGGCCCCAGGGCGUCUGCCGUUUCCCUUCUCCACUCUGCCCUACCCUGGUGUUUCUCCCUGCUCCCUGGAUUCUGCCCCAAGGAGAGGCUUGAAGUCGGAUGCCAGCUUGAACACGGGGCGGCCACACCCACCCCUGCCCAGCAGAAACGAGGCAGCCUCUGCUCUCAGCAAUGCUUUACUGGUGGAAACACAUUGUCAGCCUG